AAUUAAGUCUUUGGUUGUUAACUGUAUGCAGAAAACUUUCAGGGUUUUAUGUUAGGAUCGAGUAGUCUCAUAACUUUAGCGAGCUUUUAACCACUUGUCGGCGUUCAUGUACAUGUGUAUAUACGUAUAUUUAUUUAUCAACAAAUAGGAAACACUAAUUAGGUAGAAACUUCUUCAUCGUCUUUGUGCCUCAGUCUAUAGGAUGAUGAAUUUUCGCCCAUCUUAAUAUGAGUUUACCCCAAUUAUUGGACACCUACGAAGGUGAAAUUUUUUUGAUUUUCUUGAUCUUAGGUUUAAACAAUGUCUCAAUUAAUAGAACUCAUUCUUCAGGGUGACGGUGAUAGAAUCCAGAAGUUUUUGAAAGAAUAUGAUAAAGACCCAGAAGGUUAUCUACGAUCUAUGAAUGAAUAUGACGAAAUGCACAAUUCUGCUAUUGAAUUAUUUACAAUAUUAGAUUCCAGAAAUUUUAUUGAAAAGGCAAUAAGCAAUGGUUAUAACGAGCUAAAUAAAACCGGAAAAAAUGGAUGCAAUUUAGUACAUUAUGCUGCUAUGUGGAAUCAUGCUGAUUUAAUAAAAUAUUUAUAUUUUGCUGGUGUCGACGUCUAUAGAAAAAAUAUUCACGGCGAAACCGCACAUAAACUAGCUGUUAAAUAUAAACAAGAAGAAGCAAUGCAUAUUUUAGAAUGGAUAGAAUGUCGUGAUGAAUUUAUUAUGCUGAUCCGAUUAGUCAGGGAAAUUUUAGCAACUUCUGAUAAGAAUGACUAUACAAAAGAAGAAAGGAUUCUGCUUGCCUUGAUGGAGAAUCCUGGAUUAAUAAAAAUAAAGAAGCUACACUCAGCAUGCUUAAAACAAAAAAAGAACAAAUUGAAUUGAUUGUAGAACCAUUCUUACGGAAGAAAUCAUUAGUCAUGUAGUGUGAUGAAAUAAUAUCGUACCAUAUUGUAUGGUGAAAACCCAAAUAACAUUAUUUUGCAUUUACUUUUCCAAUACUGAGUAUGCAACAAAAUUUUAAUUUGAUAAGUGUAUACAUAUCUGUUUUUAAAAAUAGUUUGUUAUGUAUGUAUUGUGAAAUCAGUCUCUCAGGACAGUUAUGAUGUUAUUGGGUACUGUUCAGUGAUGGCUUGAUUCACAAGACUUUGAGUUGUACUAGGAAAGUUUUUCUAGUUAGCUGUUAAGUAAAUGAGCUCAGUACUUUCAAA